UUUUUGCACCAAAGAUAUCUCAACAAUUCUUUCUCGGCCGACAGCUCUGAAACCCCACCACUCCAACACCCCAUCAGUGUGGGUCCCAGUCGUUGAGGAUCUGGGCAAACACAGACUUCUGCCUAGUCCCGAAGAGGAGCACAGCAGUGGGGAGGAGCUGGUGUUGAGAACACGUGUGCCCUUUGAUAUAGUCUUUAUGUGUGAGAAGUGGAGCUCGAUUAUUAUCUUAGCUGAAGCACAUCACAGAUACUCAUCUGGGAAGGUUGAGAUAAGUCACAGGAAACAAAUGGCCAACCCGGGACCCCAAGCAGAGUCUUGUUCACGCAUCAUACAUCAGAGCAGGUCACUGUCUUUGAACACUGUGAAUUCGAGACCACGCCGCAGAAGGCACAACCACCCAUUUGUGUGUGCUGAGGAGAUGCAUAGAAACACAGGGACAUUUGAGGCAGAGACAGCCCGGGACUACACGAUAAACCUUCCUGAGAGUGAGAGUAUAACCCAACCACACUGGCCAGGUACCUGGGUUUUGCCCUCGCAGCAGCAGAGUCUGCUGCUCUUCCUGAAGGGGCAGCCCCAGGUCUUAGGGGUGGCUCAGAUCCUGAUUGGGCUGAUAAUACUGUGCCUGGGUGUGACAAUCAGUCCUUUCCCCCUAUAUGACUAUGAUUCUCAAUUUUGCAUUACCACUGAACUACGCUAUCACCUAUGGGGACCCUUCUCUUUCUUCAUAUCUGGAGCGCUGUCCAUUGCUGCUGGAAGGAAAGUAACCAAGGGUUUGAUCCAAGGCAGCCUGGGAAUGAAUACAGUCAGUGCCACCGUAGCAGGCAUUGGCAUAAUUGUGAUAAUUUUUGAAGAAAUAAUCAUGUAUGACACAGUGAUGUGGAAGUUUUCCUAUGCAGUUGCAUUUAUAGGCAUGCUAACCGGACUGCUGCUCUUGUCUCUGGCGGAAGGCUGCAUUGCUCUGGCUCUCUCCAUAUUUGUGUGCAGGGCGGCCUGUUCCAUCAACAAGGUGGUGGUUUUCUUGCCAAAUAAUGACAACAGCCCCUCUCCUGACCAUUUGUAUGACGAGGUCGCAUUUCAAUAGAUCCCUGUGGUGUGGCAUUUCCAGUCAGUUUGACCUAUUGAAUCUCCCUCAGUUGGCUGUUUACCACAUGGGACUAAGACUGAGAGUACAUCUGUCUGACUGUUCUUAAGUUUACAUACAUGGAAUCUUGCUGUGACAAAACACAGGAUAAUAAAGACUGUUUUUA